AUGAUGUGCUGUCUGCUGCCUGUACAACUGCCUGAUGGAACCAUUGUGUCUGGUGGGGGCAAAGACAAAGCCAUUCAUUCCUGGAGUCCGCAUUAUUACAGCAAACUCAUCUCAAAUGAUUUGCCUGCGAUGUUAGGCGGUGUGAAGACAGUAACACAGGGUAGAGGAAACCGGCUCCUGGUUGGGACAACAUUAAAUUACAUCCUGCAAGGAACCCUUGACUCAUACUUCAAUGUGGUCAUACAGAAGGGCCAUGCAGAUGAGGUGUGGUGCCUGACCACUCAUCCAAGCCAUCAUCAGUUUAUCUCGGUUGCUGAUGACCACAACGUCUUUCUGUGGGAUUACUCUAACACACAAAAUAUGGAAGCAAAGAGCUCGAGGAUGGUGCUCACGCUGCCUGCUUUCAUCCAAGUGGGUCACACGGCAGGUAUAGAGCACAUGGACUGGUCAGCUGACAGCCAGUUUCUUCUCAGCACAUCUGCUGACUUUGAAAUGAACUACUGGAGUGCAGCAGUUUGCAAGCAGGUGAACAACCCAGGCUCGAUGAGGGAUGUAACAUGGGCCACACAGAACUGCACUCUGGGCUUCAAUGUGGCUGGAAUAUGGCCAGAAGGAUCAGAGGGUACAGACAUCAACUGCUGUAGCAAGGCCUACAACAGACCUUUAUUGGCAGCAGGAGAUGACUGGGGUAAAGUGAAGCUCUACUCUUAUCCGACUGACAAACCGAAGUCUGGAUGUCAGACAUACUCAGGUCACAGUGGUGGCAUCAUGGGAGUUCAGUUCCUGUACAACGAUGCUCGCCUGCUCACCACUGGUGGACGUGACAUGGCCAUCAUGCAGUGGGAAGUUUGCUUGAGUCAUUUCUAG